AUGUGCUCCGGAGUUCACAUCCCUGUGAUGGAGGUGCUCGGAGCAGGUUAUCAGCAGGCUGAUGGGUUUCUGUUGUUGUCUUUAAGGUGUAAAACAGAAACCGUGAGCUUGCCCUUCAAGCUGUACUGCCUCGCGGUGAUGACGCUGGUGGCGGCCACGUACACCGUGGCGCUGCGGUACACGCGCACAGUGCAGAGCGAGCUCUACUUCUCCACCACCGCCGUGUGCAUCACCGAAGUUAUCAAGCUCCUCUUAAGCGUGGGCAUCUUGGCCAAAGAAACUGGAAGUCUCGCAAGGUUAAUGACAUCUUUAAAAGAAAAUGUGCUGGGAAGCCCUAAGGAAUUGCUCAAAUUAAGCGUUCCGUCUUUGGUGUACGCGCUGCAAAACAACAUGGCCUUUGUGGCUCUGAGCAACUUGGACGCAGCCGUCUACCAGGUGACGUACCAGCUGAAGAUCCCGUGCACGGCCCUGUGCACGGUGCUCAUGCUGAGCCGCUCCCUGAGCAAGCUGCAGUGGUUCGCCGUGUUCAUGCUCUGCGGCGGCGUCACGCUCGUGCAGUGGAAGCCGGCCCUCGCUACCAAGGUGCAGGUGGAGCAGAAUCCAUGGCUGGGGUUUGGAGCAAUUGCUGUUGCUGUGCUAUGCUCAGGGUUUGCAGGAGUUUAUUUUGAGAAGGUUUUGAAGAGUUCAGAUACUUCCUUGUGGGUGAGGAACAUUCAGAUGUACCUGUCUGGGAUUGUGGUGACUUUAUGUGGCGUCUACAUGUCGGAAGGAGCCCAGGUUCUCGAGAAAGGCUUUUUCUACGGCUACACCCCCUACGUCUGGUUUGUCAUAUUCCUUGCCAGCGUGGGCGGCCUCUACACGUCCGUGGUCGUUAAGUACACGGAUAACAUCAUGAAGGGCUUCUCGGCAGCAGCAGCCAUCGUCCUUUCCACCAUCGCCUCCGUGAUGCUCUUCGGGCUGCAGAUCACUCUUACCUUCUUCCUGGGUGCUCUCCUGGUGUGUAUUUCUAUUUACCUCUAUGGAUUACCUCGACAAGACACUACAAAAAUCCAGCCCUCAGACACUAAGAACUCCAAAGAGAGACUUGUUACCGUGUGACACUGUCCAUGACACAGGGACACAGAAAAUAGAAGAAUAAUGGACUGGAAAAAAAAACCUGCAUUUUUUAAAAAUACCGCCUUAAGCUAGUCAUGAGAUGGUGUAAGUGGGACAGAAUAGAAGCAGAAGUUAGUUCUGUUUCACACGGGAAGUCUCCUGUGGCUGCUGCUGAGGCUACCUUGGUGCCAAGGAUCUGGAUGAGAGUUUUAUUAAAGGCACCUCCACCCGCGUGGGAGGCCGGCAAGUCCCGCUGGCAAGGAGRGCAGUGUGAAGGAACUGAACAUCCUUUGUAUAUAAUGCACAUACCGGAGGAAAACGGGGUUCUUACUGUGUGUUUGAUAACUUGUCUUGCUCUUGGAGGGCAGAAAUGCCCCAAAGCUUCCAGAAAUUCUAUUAAAAAGAGCACUUACUA